CGCACUCGGCGUUGACCCUGUCUCCUGUGUUGCCAGGUCCCGGAUAGUGGCGGCCAUGCCGGUCCUUAAGAACCCCUACAAAUUGAAGAUGGCCACGGCCAACAGGGCACCGGGCGGCACCGGGGAGCUGAUCCUGGCCCAGGAGAGCAGCACCAACCCCUUCGAAGAGGAUCUGGAGGAGAACUCGGGGGACUCUGUCCUGGGGGAGCAGAACCCCUUCCUGGAGGAGGCAGAGGAGGAGGAUGGUGGCUUUGAACGUGACAUCAUCAACGGCAGCCUGGAUCGGCGCCGGGCGACGCGAGAGAAGCUGGCGGGCCUGUCCCCCUUCCGGCUGGGCAAGGGCAAGAAGGGGGCGGGCAAAGAGAAGGCUCCUGCCGGGGACAAGGGGCCCGACCGGCGCCCCUUCCUGGGCCUCGGGUCCCUGGAGAAGCGGAAGGUGCGGCGCUGCUCCGAGGACUUCCGCCUCCUGCAGCUCUUGAACGGGCGGCGCAGGGAGAGCCAGGGCGGGCCGGAGAGCUCCCCGGCCGAGCGCGAGGGUGUCCCCGACGCCGGGAAGCGAAUGAACUUCCUCAAGCUGGGCCUGGGGGGCCGGGCGCGCCGGGCCUCGCUGGUGGACAAGCCCAGCCCCACCGAGGCCCCGGAGCCGGCGCUCGCCGCCCAGGAGGUGGAGACCGAUGCCAAGGCCCAGGAGCCUCUGUCAGUGCUGGAGAUUCUGAACCUGAUUCAGCAGCGGGACCUGCUGGCGGCAGACAAGCACAUCAUCGAGCUGGAGGUGGAGUGCGGGCGGGAGGGCCCCCUGAGCGGCGAGGCCGGGGCCGGCAGCCGCAAGGCCAAGGACGUGACGCUGCUGUACGAGGCCCUGCUCCAGCAGCUGUGGGCUAUGCUGGCUGAGGCCCUGGCGGCCCGAGGCACCUACCCGGCCCUGGAGCUGAUGGUGCGGGUGAUCGAGCAGGAGGAGGCCGCGGACCGGCGGUGGCUGGAGGUGCAGGGGGGCGGCGCGGGGCCCCGGCCCCGGGCCAUGCGCCGCAGGUGGGCCGAGGCGGUGAAGCGGGCGGUGGGCGAGCGGCUGGGCCAGUGCGCGGAGGACAGUGGCGGCCCCCUGGCGGGGCACGUGGAGCGCCUGACCCGCUGCUUGGUGGAGGACCUCAGCGCCGUCAGGACCCACCUGCUGCCGGCGUAUCCCCCCGAGUACCAGGCCCUGGACGUCUACGCCCGCAGCUACCAUGAGGGGCUGGCCCAGCUGCUGGGCAGCAUCGCCCAGAGGAACCUGUCCAUCGCCGAGCUCUACUUCCUCCUGGAUUGGCACAGCAACACCUACCCCAGGGAGGUGCUGGGGCGGUUGGACAUCGCCCCACUGCUCAGCGCCCACGAGCUAGAGCCCCUGCUGCCCCCCGAGACCCGGCGCCGCUUGGAGGAGGCCUGCGUUGCGGCAGUGAAGACCAAGAUCGUGGCAGACAUGAGCCGGGAGCUGCGGGAGGAGGAGCAGCGCUGGGCACAGGAGCCUGGACAGGACCACAGCCAGCUGGAGCUGUCCAGCCGGGUGAUCUCUGUGCUGAAGGCCCAUGUGGACAAAGCCCCCCAGAUCACGCCGGAGUUCGGGGAGCAGAUAGUGCUCUGCUGUCUGACUGGUCUGGCCGAGUUCCUGCAGAGCUUUCAGAGCAAGGUGGAGCAGUUCCACGAGGGGCCCGGCAAGAGCGGCCCCCCCACCGACAGCUAUGUGGGCAGGACCAUCGCGCUCGUCAACUGCUGCCCCCCCUUCAGGUGCAGGGCCCCCAUACCUUUUGCCUGCCCAGGGCUGGGGGGUGGCAGACCUGGGUGCUGGGGUGAGCCGGCCCAUCCCCCUGCCCGAGUCCAGGGGCCUACAGAGCCUGUAGCAGGCACCCUGCGUCCCCUGGUGUGGCUGUGCCUGCCCCCAAGCCCCGCAUUGGGUCCCUUGUGGCCAACGUCUGGCAUCAGCAACUGUCAGAGCCAGGCGGGGCGAGGCCGCAGAGGCCCUGGGGGUGCCCGGCUCUGCCCUGGCGCUGAGGCUGGCCUCUCCUUUCAGCCCUACUUCCCCAAGCUGAUGAAGAGGAAGUGGCUGACCAGCUCGGAGAGCUUCGACGCCAUCAUCGCGCUGCUCACGGACUACACUCAGAAGCUGCGGAAGAUGCAGCCAGAGCCGUACGAGGUGCUGGUGAACGAAGUACACCGGUGGGUGCUGCUCCAGUACGUCCGGCCCCUGCUGCAGGUCCGGCUCGUCUGCAGCUCGAACAAGAUGAGAGGCAAAGUGGCGGCCCGGCUGGAGGACGAAGGCCGCCAGCUGCAGGAGCUCUUUGGCCAGCUGAACUCGACCUCAUCCUGGCUGAAUGAAGUGGUGCCUCACCUGGCCGAGAUCCUGCGGCUGGAGGACACGCCUUCCAUCCAGAUGGAGGUGGGGAUGCUGGUGCGGGACUUCCCUGACGUCCGGAAGAAGCAUGUGGCGGCCCUGCUGGACGUGCGAGGCCUGCGGGGCCAGACGCAGCGCCAGGAGAUCUUGGCUGUGGUGAAAGACCUGGAGCUGGGCAAGGGCGAGGUUCCAGAGUGCCGGGAGCGGACCUUCUUCUCGGAGAUCCCCGCCGCCCGUGAGGUGGGCUGCUUCAGCGGGGCCCUGCCACGCCUGCCGCCCGUGCACCACGCCUGCCUGGGCUGGCUGCGCUGGGGGUGCCUGGGUCCCGCGCCUGAUACAUGCCAGCCCCAGCCCAGCGAGCAUGAGGCGGACAUCCAGGUGUGACCCAAGCCAGGACCCAGCCCCUGAGCCGCGCCAGUGAGCAGCUUCCUGUAUCCUGCUGGCCCCAGGCCACGUCACCCAGCCUGCACCCAAAGACCCGGUCCUGACAGCUGGGUGGGUGAGGCCGGGACACAGGCAUCCAGCCUUGCUACCUGUGAGCCCCCCUCAGGCCCCAGCGCUUCGGUCCUAAACUCACACUGGUGCCCAGCGCUGCCCCCGAGCAGGGGGUUUCGGAUGUUCAUUUAUGGCAGCCCUCCCCAGAGAUGCACUUGGGCCCUUCGCGUGGGGCUGCAGCUGCUGGGGCAAGGCCAGGCCUGUGGGUGGGACAUGCUUGGGGGGGUGUUUGACCCUUUGUGCCCGCUGGCCAUGCCACCUCCCACUGGGGCUGGUAGCCCUUCUGCCCUGCUCCCCUCCAGCUGCCCCACCUCCCAGUGCCCACCCGUGGGGUAACACCAUACCCCCCAGGGUCCCUCCUGGCUGUGACUUGCCAGCCCCCCAGAGGAUCCAGCCACUACUGACCCCCUGAGCAGCAGCUGCAACUGGGUCCGUGCCAGAGCCCUGGGCGCUGGAGCCAGGUGUGGUGCCCACCCCCACGCCCCCACAGCAUAGGCCCAGGGCAGGAAGGGGCUCAUUUCACCCAGUGGGGGCUCUCUGCAUAGCCCCCCUCCCCAGGCUGCCUGGUUAUGGGGUGGGGUCUGGCUCACCCAGGGCUCGAGUUCAGUCUGUAACUGUAUGAUAAGGAAUAAACAUUAAUUUAAAGGCU